AUGGUGAACCCACGCAUUACACCCCGACGCACUGAGUUCCCCCGUCAGGUACCGGCGGACUCUUUGCUUGAGACUAGUGAAUCCGAACUAGCUCUCAGUAACUUAGACGCUUUGCGUCUUAAUGCUCUAAAACUUGCUCCUACGCCAACUAGUGCGGCGGAGCUGCAUCGCAUGUGGAUUCCAUGCCCUCAUGCGAUCAAGCGCAAGCACCUUGCCGAGGUACUCGAUGAGCUUGCGAAAGACGACCAACCACAGUUGUGGAAGGACGCACGUCAGGCUCGUCUUCUUCAAGAUUUUAAGAUGAUCCCUAAUUCGGGGAUCCUUUUUACGUGCACGGCCUACGACACUGCUUCUAAACUCAGUUUGGUCAAGCUAAAUGCGUUUGAUUCCCAAAUCCAAGUCGCACGGUUUUCGAAGUACGGUUCUCGUUACUACGUUGAUCUGGUCCGUCUGCCUGACGAAGUCACGGACCGCGUGAUUUUUGAUUGGUUUGCGGAACAUGGUGCACCUCCGACGUGUGUCCUACCCACGUUCGUGUGA